GCGACGGCCGCCCGCGCCCGCCCCGCGCCCGCCCCCGCCGCGCCCCGCGUCUCGCGCCGCUGCCGGGCCCCAGCGCCAUUCAAACGGCGGCGGCGCGCGGCGGGCCCAGAGCUAAGGGAGAACAGUUUUGGUGUUGGUAGAGUUUGCUGAUUGCAAACAUGUUGGCUACCAAGCUGUCCCGGCCUCUCUUGAGUUUCUCUGUGAAAGCCCUGAAUUUCAAGGACCCAGGGAAUUGCUUCAGACCUGUGCAAAGAUUUUGCUUCCCUCUCCUGUCUUCAUGUGGCAGCCGCUCUUAUGCCAGUGAAGUCGAUCAGAUUGGCAGCAGAGCGGUGCUUAUAACAGGUUGUGACUCAGGGUUUGGAUUUGCUUUGGCCAAGCACCUGCAUUCCAAAGGCUUCAUUAUCUACGCUGGCUGCCUGCAAAAGGACAAGGGAGUGGGUGGCUCCAAGGAUCUGGACAGCAUGAACAGUGAUCGAAUGAGAACUAUCCAGCUGAACGUCUGUGACAGCAAAGAAGUGGACCGAGCAGUAGAGCACGUGAAUAGCAGCCUGGAGGACUCAGAGAAAGGGCUCUGGGGGCUGGUUAACAAUGCUGGGAUCUCCACAUUCGGGGAAGUUGAGUUCACCAGCAUGGACACCUACAUGGAGGUAGCUGAAGUGAACCUGUGGGGAACUGUGCGAACCACCAAGGCUUUCCUCCCGCUCAUACGGAGGUCAAAGGGUCGCGUGGUGAACAUCAGUAGCAUGAUGGGUCGGAUGGGCAGUCCUGCCCGCUCACCGUACUGCAUCACCAAGUUUGGUGUGGAAGCCUUCUCCGACUGCCUGCGGUACGAAAUGCAGCCCCAGGGAGUGAUGGUCAGCAUUGUGGAGCCUGGCAACUUCAUAGCUGCCACCAACUUGUACAGCCCCGAGCGGAUCAAAGCCAUAGCCGACAAAAUGUGGGACGAGCUCCCGGAGAUAGUGCGCAAAGACUAUGGCAGGAAGUACUUCGAUGAGCAGGUCAGCAAGAUGGAAACGUACUGCAACAGCGGUUCGACAGACACCUCGCCAGUCAUCGAAAGCGUUGCCCACGCACUCACCUCCACAGCCCCCUACACCCGCUACCACCCCAUGGAUUAUUACUGGUGGCUGCGCAUGCAGAUCAUGACACACAUGCCUGCUGCCAUUUCUGAUCGGCUCUAUGUCUAUUGAGGCCUCACACUCCCAGGCUACCCAGCUGGGAAAUUUUUUUCAAAGAAAGCGUUGUACACACCUCCCAUUAGUCCUUUCUAAAUUUUUCUAACCUCAUUUCAGAGUACUGUAUUUUAGCACUGUAGGUUCAUUUAAACAUCUGACAUAACCUAAAGGGCAGUAAUUUGCAAGGGAUGCUUCCUAGGCAGGAAUACACGAUGUUUGUGCAGGGACAUUGAGUCUUUGCUAUUUAUUUCAUAUAAUCCUUUGGGUUUUUUCACCUUGAAUAUCCGUCCAUCGUCAUUAUUUAAACUGCAAUUGCUCUGAAGUGUUUUCAGAAUAAUUUAUGCCAAUGGGGAAACACAAUCUUCAGAAUUCCUGCCUAGGACGCAGCCUUCACACCAUAAAACAGCGGCCCUCCAUGCUGUAAUGGCAAACCUCUGCCUCCUGAUGACGGAGUGUCCAACAGACUUUUCCGGGCCUGGUCAUAGUAGCCCAAGGCUGAAUGAGACUUCUUUAAUUUGGGAAUCAGAACUCAAAAUGCUGAAACUGAGCAACUAACCCUGUCCCUUUCUUUUUUAGAAUUAUACUGAGGAAACCUUAGAAUAAAGGAACCAGUCUGCUUUUCUUGCAUUCUUUCUUGCAAAGGAGUUCAGCAAUCUGGGAACUCAGUCCUGCAGACCUUUCCCACAAGAGUUUCUUACUCCUACAAGCAUUCCCAUGAGUGUGAGCAGCUUUGUGCACAGGACUGCAGGUGUCAGGAUUUGCCUGUAGUAGCAUUAGCAUUUCUCUUCUCUUCAACAGUAACUGAAUAUUGACUCCAGAUUUAGUUUGGAGAAGAGUUUCACUCCAGCUCCUGUAAUUUGUGAGGAUCACUGCUGAGAAGAGGGAAGCAGAGAGGGUUAAAGUCACAUCAGUGAAUGCCAUUCUUAACAGGGACCUCAGAGUUACAGUGAAAUAUUUGUACAGCACCUGGCACAGAAGGGCCGUAACCCUGACCGGGGCCUCCAGGCACCUUUGCAGUGCAGGCAAUGGCAAUAAUAACUUUCAGCGAAGGAAUCACUGAGCUGAAAUACAUCUAACAUGACAUAAAUCUAACAGAAUGUCUGUAACAAUAGCAUUAAGAGCAGUUUCAUUUCUGAGAUGGUUGUUUACAUGUCUGAAAAACAUUUGAUUUGUACUGUAAGAAAAGAAAAGAAAAAAAUGUAAAAGAGCUUUUCAUAGGGAAUUUGGAAAGAGUUAAUUUUUUUUAAGCUUGAAAGGCAAAACUAAAAAGUAAUUGAAAUAGCCAUUGUUAGUGAAGUUAAAAAGACGGGAUCUCAUGUGCUGUAAUAACAUACUGUGAUGUGAUCAAACUCCUUUGGCUUAAUGAACAUAUGCAGGAGUGGUAACAAACUUCAGAGGCUCCCUCUCUUUGUUUUUUAAAAUAUUUAAGGUGAAAAGUUCAUAUUCUUUAGUGGUAUUUUUUAAUUUCGUAGAAUCAUACAAUGAUUUGAGUUGGAAGGGACCUUGAAGGUCAUCCAGUUCUACCCCAUUGCCAUGGGCAGGGACACCUCCCACUGGAUCCGGUUGCUCACAGCCUCGCCCAAGCCCACCAAUUUGUUGAGGUUCAUGCCUGUUACAUGGGGCUGCAUUCAGAGGCUGAUUGCAGUCUUGGGUCUUACAUGUCCAUAUUGGAUAGUGCAGGAGUUCUACACGAGUACCAGAUGUAUCCUGCAUCUUGUGACAAAUACACCUAACCCCUGCACAGUGUUCAUAGCUCUAAAGCUGGCAUCUGUACUGGACUCCCUCAGAUUACAAAAGAUUAUUAUGGAUUAUUCCUAGGGAGCAGGAAGAGAAACUGAGCUCUGAAGAGGCGGGGGAGGUGGCGGCGAUUACAAGUCACUGACAGACCCCAAAGAAAACCCUGGAGAGACUUGUCAGCCUCCAGAUCUUUGUGAGCUUCUCCAGAGUCCUAGCGGUGGUGGCUGCAUCUUGUGGUGCAGGGUGUGUUGCCUCAUCUUCCAGCGUGCAGAGUUCUCUUUGGAACAAAACACAAGCGUAUGAACCACAAGAGACCCAGCAGGCACAGGGACUAACACACAGGGACUAACGCACAAAGCAGAGCAAAACACCUGGGUAACAAUGUUUGCUGCAGGUGACUGAGCAGAAAGAGCCUUUACAAGAAAAAUUCUUGUAGUCUGAAAAUGUAGCCCUAAGGUGCUAACACAAAAAAUCAUGUAAUUCUGCUUGGGAUGCCAGCUCCCAGUUUUACACUGCUGGGGCUUAAUACAGAUGUCAGUGAAAUUAGAUAUGGAAAAGACUGAAUGCGCAGCUGAGUUAUCUCAGUCUAGCUCAGAGACCCCUGAGAGCGAACGUAACAGACGUUUAACUGUACCACAUUCAUUCCCAGCCAGAAAGCUAAAGCCAAACAGUGAUAACUGUAUUCAUGUCUACACUGCAUCUCUUCUAGAGUCGUCUGAACUCUUCUCCAUGAAGUACCCACGGAGCUCUGAAGCUGUGCCACCGUGUCAGGGCUGGAGGAGGUGCAACGGUGCUGCUACUCUCCAGUGUGAUUUGUAGGGAACUGUGUGGCUGUGUACAGUGGGGAGGCAAUGGCUAGGGUGCUCCUGUGCAUCACGGCUGUUCCUAGGUUUCUGUGCAAGUUUUCCUUACAGCAGGAGAGUUUGGUAGCUGAUCUGUGGUCAGGAGGUCAGGAAGCCGGCUAGUUUUCAUGCUGGGAUCUUGGCAAUCCCACGAUUUCAGGGUUUACCCUGAGAAGCGCAUUAAAAGCUAAUCCCCUCUGGGUUUGCAUGACUGUGCUUGCCACUCAGUGCACUCCAGGUCCUGCCUGCACAGUGCCACUGCAGCUCCUGGAAUAGCUUCAACCCACAAAGUUUAUUUGAAAACUAAAAAGAACAAAGCAUAGCAAAAAGGAGUUGGCCCUCUGCGCUCCCAGAGCUGCCUCAGUGGGAGCUGUGGAGUCAGUUCACAGGGGUACCCACCCCUGGGGUCUAGUCUGAUCCCAGUGGGCUGGAAGAGAGGGCUCUCUUCCCAAAUUUCCUGACAGGCAGAGAUUGUUGGCAAUGACAAAACAGAUCUCACCAGGCAGCAUCCGUUGGGCAACCUGAAGUUAAAAAUAACUCCUUUGGUGUGGUGGGAGGCCUCAGAGCUGGGGUAAUUUUAACUACAUCUGCUACAUCUUGUUCUCAGCCUUAAUGAGGAAGUCAAGUCCUACCCACUUCAGAACUUUUUGCUCCUAGUGAGGCGGGUGGUGAAUGCUGCAUUUGAGACCAGCAUUGAGUAACCCUUUAUUGCCGUAUUGUCUGUGUGAAGUGUGCAGGGGUUUCCUGGGUAAAUGAAUUCAUUUGUCAGCCAGGAACUCGCACAGCUUUGGGACAGGUGGUCCCAAGCCCAUGCCUCCGCUCCCAUGUCCUGGCAGAGGUCUGGCCCAGGCUCCCUCUCACAUCUCAGCCCUGUGAGUCUGGCUGAGUCUUGCGGUCCUGGCCUGGCAAUUCGGAAACAGAACUGCUCAGAAAAGAGGAAAGGACCACUCCUGUCCAUGCAGUGUUAAAUAGCUGAGCAUGGGGCUUCUCACCCAUUUGGAUUAAAUAUAACAAUUAAAGAGAUACUCAGUAUUGGAGUGGCUUAGUUGCUGAGCUACAAAGUCAAACCCUGUUUGUACUGAGAUUGGACUGAAGACAAGGAGCCUUGCAGCAAAGCAUAUGUGCAGCUGCUGGCACUUAGUAGACUAUAGCUUCGAAAAGAAAACAUCUUCCCAGCAAACAAGAAGGGAAUCCUAAGCACAACUCACACACGAUCUGGUGAUGCCUCCUUGGGGAGGUAACACUCAGGAGCACAGCACUGGUUUCUCUUCCUUCUUUCCCAACAGUGAUGUGGGGCUUGCUGUGCAGCCUUAGGGUGCUGCAGACUUAAAGUGGUGCUUCCCUGUGCUGGAUGUAAGUGCUGGCCUGGUACCACCAAAGCACCGAGCAGUGGGUUCUUCCUUACGGUACAUGAGUGCAAGAAGUGGGAGAUGCCAGGACCAGGAGCAGCCUAUGCACGGGUCACAUAGAUGGCAGUGCCACCCCCUGCUCAUCACCAGCUGUCACCUGGCCAUUGCAGCCCUCACUGGGUGGUGGUGAAAGGGAUGCUGUGGUUGUGCCCAAAUUUUGUCAGUCAGCUUGGGUACCGCACUCUGUCAGCUGGACAGACUGACUGCCUGGAGCAGGCUCACCACCACAAGCUGCCAGCAGAGCAGUGAGGGUUGUGAUGGCAAACAGGGAGUCCCAGCUUGGUCUGUGUUACUGGAGACUUCCACCCACCACCACGCAGAGAGGGACAUGCAGUGGCAGAGCUGCCAUUCUGCAGCUCCCCUGCAGCCAGCAAGGGCCAGGCAGAGGGAGUCAUCUACCACCCUUCUACCUUCCAAGGGCCCCAGGACUUCAGGACUGCCUGCAAAAUGGCCAGUCUGACUGCUCUGACUCCAUAGCCAGAAGGCAGCUCACAGUGGUCUGCGGAAAGCGUAGGGUUGAGGAAAUGUAGGUUGCAAUGUUAAAAGAGUUUUUGCUAACACAGUGUUUUGUUUGCUACUGAGUAUGGUUAUUUGAAGAUGGCUUUUCGUCAGCAUCUGUCCCCAGUCACAAAUGCAUCUCUCACUCUUUCUGGGGCUCUGCCACCACAAUGAACUAGAAGGGAGACCAGACCUGUCUGCAGGUUCCUCCUGUCAUCCUCUCCCUUCCCUUCCCCUGCACUAGAUUGUGUAAUUAUUUGUGUGAUGUGGGACAUCUUUAGUAGAAAAGCUUGGGGGACCUGUCCUCACCUCCCACGAGUCCUGCGGAAACAGAACUCUCCCAAAAUGGGGGUGCUCUGGUUUCACAGGCAUGCAGGAAGCAGGUCAUCCCACCUGCAAACCGGUUGGGAUCAGGCUAUGGUGCCAAAGAGCUGUGCUUUGGGAACCACAGCCUCACUGCAGCCACCCCAGACACUUGCAGCCCUUGGCAUUUCUGACAAGCUUCAACAUGCCGGUCUCUGGGGUGUUGGCUCCCAUCACUGCUAACCUCUCCAUAAGCGUGCAGGGCCAGGCACUAAUGAGGGGUCAUGUCUCUCCCAAGGGGAAAGAGGACAUAGGAUACUGAAAUUCCACUCCUGGGCUUGCACAGGUAUUCAUCCAUGCGCACAAGCUUACUUUAUUUUCCAGACAGAAUUGCAAGUUGGGAAUUAACAAGAGCCUGCACUCCCCGUCCCCGAAUCCCCACACACCAAACCCCCAGAAAGCUCCUUGUCAGAGCUGGGGGUAAAAGUGUAAAUGUCACCGUCUUCAUUUCUCUCUCAGCUGUGAAUGUCAGAGCAGUAGAGUAAAAAAAUGCAGUAAUAUCCGGAGUGAUGGCUAUGGUGUUAUUUCUGACUUCGCCUGGAGCAGGAUGGAUCGUAAAUCUUGUGAGAUAACAUGUUGCCACAGCGACUUCCAGCCAGUUUUUCAGGCCUUUGUAGUCAGAAUGCUGCCGGUGAAUCAGCCCACCCAGGGCUGGGCAUUGCUUGUGCAGAAAACAGUUUCUGUUGUACCUGUGAACACAGAGUGAGUGUUCACUGCUUCCCCUAUCGUGCAAUCUUGGAGGUAUUAUGGAAAACCUUUCUAGUACCCGAUCCUCAACAUGGUGAAAAGGGUGUAUCUGUUGUCACAAAACUG